GCUGAAGACAUGGCGCUGCGCAUAGGACGUGCUUCCAGAAGAGCGUCUGUGUUGGGGAUAAGUCGUCUACUUUUGUCUGCGGUUACCUGGUGGCAGUUUAGCCAGCAUUCCCAUCAUACUCCUGGCACCUCUCUAAAGUACAUACCACGUUGCCGACUGCGGAAGCUGACUUCGCUGGAUGUGGACUGCGCCGUUCUGGACUGUGAGGAUGGAGUCGCCCUCAACAAGAAGGAUGCAGCUCGGAAAACUAUCCCAAAGAUGUUGGCUGAGCUGGAUUAGGCCAUGCCUAAAAAAGAUUUAAAAGCACCAUAAAAAAGUUACCCCCCCCCCCCACCCAAGUCUUCCUUAACCAUGACAACCAUGACAGAGUAAAAGCAUCAAUGAAAAGC